AUGUUGUACUCAAAUUCAAAUGACAGCAACAGUGAUGAUAAGGGUGUCAUUCGUUGUAUUUUUUUUUCCGAAUUUCAUCACAUUGCUGGUCCUAAAAUAACUUGUCAAGUACCUGAUAAUCAUGUUUCCAAAGACAUAUUUGAUAAUGUAAGCGUGUACAUAAUUCCAAAAGCGCAGUUGCAACGGAGUACUCUCACUGUAACACUACAAAAUUGUAAAAUUUUAGGCUUUCCUGUAAAAAUAGACGACAAAAAAUACGCAAGAAAUGCAUUUUAUUUCAACUUAUGUUUUGUGUGUGACGCUGAUGCACGAACAGUCCAUUACGAGCCAGUAGUUAAGAAAAUGUCUGAUUUUUUGAUGGCAUUGGAAGUAGAAAAUUGUUUCCUGUCAAACGUGUCCGUGGACAAAAGUCGGCUGACUGAAAUCCUGGCGCAAGUAAUGAAUGACCUGAACUCGCAUAACAUGUGUACGCUGACAGAAGGAACUAUGACGACACACUUGAAAGUAGUGAGACUGGCAGCUGAGCCGAAGCCCGUAUUAGACCACCAAGUUCCUGUUUUUCUUGUAAAUCGCGAGAACUUUUGCUGCGACCAAUGGGACCUGACGACCCAGCAGGUGUUGCCGUACAUCGACGGAUUCAAUCAUGUUGCGCGAAUCGCAGCAGAAGCUGAUGUCGAGAAUAAUCUUGUCAAGAGUUGCGUGCAAAAUCUCGUUUACUACGGAGUGGUCACUCUAAUUCCCAUAUUUCAGUACUGCAACAUCUAUACAACUACCUCGAAGCUUGGAGUGUUGGCUGAAAGUCAAGAGCUGCAGGAAAGAUGUAUAAACUUUGUGUCUAAGUCUGCAAGACAACCAGCUCAUCUCCGUGACAUCUACAGGAUGUACGCGACGAUGACACACGGUACGAUGAUGAAAGAUUUGUGCCAGAGAUUGAAUCCACAGAAUUUGAGAAUAAAUGAACGAAGGCUAGUGCAAUUUGGAUUGAUCGAAGGGUUCAUACGCAGAGUUUACAAGUAUCCUAUCUACGUAAAAAGAUCUUUCGCAGACAUUAACUUUGAUGACAACAGUGAGGACACUAAAAAUGAUCCAGUGUAUAAAUAUUUCACAGGCGCCUACAGUUUUGAUGAAAUUUGCUGUAACACCGGACAAUCUGUCGCGCAAAUAGAAGACAUCGUUGAAAAAGAUCCUAAUGUCGUCGUAUUAUUUAAAUAA